GAUGUUCCACCGGUUUCAUGUCAGCAAAGAAGAUAGGGACUAUUUGCGGUUUCUCUGGUGGGAAAAUGGGGACACAAACUCAGAACCCACAGAAUACCGCAUGAAAGUGCACCUGUUUGGAGCAUCAUCUUCCCCUGGCUGUGCAAAUUAUGGCAUGAAACAUCUUGCCAGUCAGAGUGAGAAAGAAUGCCCCUCUGCAGCUAGCUUCAUCAAGAAGCAUUUUUACGUUGAUGAUGGCCUCAUAAGUGUGCAAUCAGUUGGCGAAGCAAUUAAGUUAGUGAAGGAAGCCCAAGCUGUGUGUGCUAAAGGAAAGUUGCACCUUCACAAAUUUCUUUCCAACAACCGAGAAGUACUUGAUUCCAUCAGCAUUGCAGAACGCGCUGAGGAGGUAAAAAAUGUUGAUCUCAGUCAUGAUGACUUACCAGUGCAAAGAGUGUUAGGUAUAAGAUGGAACAUUGAAAGUGACAGCUUCACCUUCAAGGUGACACCUGAUGAGAAGCCAGCGACACGGCGAGGGAUUCUCUCAGUCGUGGCCUCUUUAUACGAUCCUUUAGGGUUUCUAGCCCCAUUUAUUCUUGAAGGAAAAAGAGUGCUGCAGGAGAUGUGUCAGAGAGGUACUGGGUGGGACGAACCACUACCCAGGGACUUGAAGUUCAGGUGGGAGACUUGGAUGAAGGAUUUGGAAAACCUUGAGAAGAUCGAGAUUCCAAGAUGCUUCAUACCUGAUAGCUUUGGUGAGGUCCAGAGAGUUGAGCUACAUCAUUUUUCUGAUGCAAGCAGUCAAGGGUAUGGUCAGUGCUCUUACAUCAGAUUGUUGAGCAAAGAGAAAGUGCACUGCUCCUUGGUCAUGGGCAAAGCAAGAGUUGCACCAACUAAAAUAGUCACUAUACCAAGGUUGGAGCUAACCGCUGCAGUAAUCUCAGCAGCCAUGAGCAACAUGUUAAAGGAGGAGCUAGAGCUCAAGAUCGAUGAGGAAUAUUAUUGGACAGAUUCUCAAGUGGUUCUCGGCUACAUCAGUAAUGAAGCACGAAGGUUUCAUAUCUUUGUUGCAAACCGUGUCCAGAGAAUUCGAGAAACCACGGACACAAGACAAUGGCACUACGUUGAAACAGGGGAAAACCCUGCCGAUCAUGCCUCCAGAGGUCUCAAGGUGGCUGACCUCAUUAAUUCAAACUGGUUCUCUGGUCCUAAAUUUUUAUGGAAGAGAGAGAUAGCCACAAACCAGGUUACAUCAGAGCUACUGGUGGGAGAUCCGGAGGUGAGGAUUACACAGGUGCUGAAAACAGAGGCUGCAAGGCAAUUUGAUGUUCAAGGACAUCUGUCACGGUUCUCAAGAUGGACCACAGCGAUCAAUGUCAUUGCUCGUAUCAAGCGAUUAGCUAAUAGGGUAAAGACCACAGAUCCUUUAAAUGUGGAAGAGAGAAAGCAAGCUGCACUGACUCUUAUCAAGCUUGCGCAACAAGAUGCUUUCCAAGAGCCGUUGAGCAUGCUCCACCAGAAAUCAGGAAAGCUACCUUACAACCACCAACUCUAUCAGCUUGACCCGUUCCUUCAAGAUGGUAUAAUGAGAGUGGGAGGAAGACUGAGAAAGGCUUCUGUGCCUUUUGAGCUGAGACACCCAGUAAUCCUUCCCAAAGAUGGCGCUGUCACAAACCUUAUCAUUGCUCAUCACCAUGACAGAAUACAACACCAAGGCAGAGGACAAACUCUCAAUGGGCUAAGGGCCAAUGGUUACUGGAUAGUUGGUGGAAGUAAAGCCGUAGCUCAAUACAUCAGGCAGUGUGUACGGUGCAGGAGGAUGCGCGCACCGCCAGAGGAACAACGGAUGGCGGACUUACCGAGUGACCGUGUUGAUCCCGCACCACCGUUCAUUUACUGUGGCAUGGACUGCUUCGGCCCUUUCCACACCAAGCGAGGUCGUAAAGAACAAAAACGGUACGGUCUCCUCUUCACAUGUCUAUGUUCCAGGGCAGUACACAUCGAAAUGCUGGAAGAUAUGACCUCUGAUGCAUUCAUCAAUGCCUUACGAUGCUUCAUAGCUAUCCGUGGAGCUGUAAGACACAUUAGAUCGGAUCAAGGCACUAACUUCAUGGGCGCAAAAAAUGAAAUGGCAAGGGCUCUGAAGGAACUGAAUAAGGAAAGAGUGGCUGCAUAUUUGGCAGAUAAUCAAUGCGACUUCCAGAUGAACACACCACACUCAAGUCACACUGGAGGUGUCUGGGAGCGCCAAAUCAGGACAGUGAGAAGUGUACUGAGCACAGUCCUCGCCUACAGUGAUGGAAGAUUGGACGAUACCUCUCUAAGGACAUUCCUUUAUGAAGCUAUGUCUAUUGUAAAUAGCCGUCCACUUACUGUCGAUACUAUCAACGACCCCACAAGUUUGGAGCCACUCACACCAAAUCAUUUGAUUACGAUGAAAUCCUCGUUUCCACUUCCCCCACCAGGAAAGUUCAGCAAGGAAGACCUGUAUGCUAAGAAACGGUGGAGACGGGUCCAGUUUCUGUCUGAACAGUUUUGGCACAGAUGGAGGAAGGAAUACCUGUCAAACAUUGCUUUGCGGCAACGAUGGCAUGCACCAAGGCGUAAUGUGAAUGUGGGUGAUAUUGUGAUCAUCAAAGAGGAGGACGUCCCUCGCAACGAGUGGAAACUUGCUAAGGUUGUUGAAGCACAUGAGGAUGACGAUGGACUGGUACGGAAAGUGACGGUGCAGAUUGGAGAGCGGAAGUUAGGAAAAAAGGGUGAGCGCCUCAGCCAGCCAUCCAUCGUUCAAAGACCCAUUCAGAAGUUAGUGGUUCUAGUUAAGAGUAGCUAAAGAAGGGAAAGUCAUUGCUUAAAUGUCUCCUUUUAAGCUAAAAGUGGUUGUUAUACUAACGUUCAUUCUUAAUUGGAUAUUCAGUACAUGUUGAGAUGUGAAUUACACUGGUAAUCUGUGUUUUGAAUUUUGUGUAGGAAAUCAUAUGUUCAAUUUCCAGAUGUCAGAGUGUUACACGAAACAACAUACCAGUGCUUGGAAAUUACUGUUGAUUAUUUAAUGAAGAGCAUAAGUGUAUUGCACAUCUUCAUUUGUGUUAAUCAAAGGUAAUUUGGUGGGAGUGUAGCUGACGCUCGCAAUAUGGCUAUGUUACCAUGGCAAUGUCAGAAGUUAAGGUGCAAUCAUCACAUUGCAGUUCUGAUUGUUUAUUUGUUUACAUAGAUUGUGGUGAAACAUCCUGAAUUAUGAUCCAUGAUUGUUGUGGGAUCUUGCGGAAAUGUUUAGUUUUAUUGUGAAAAGGUCACUUCCUGUGUAGCUUAAGCCGGAAGUUGUGAGCGGGAAUUGAGAAAGAGAUGACUGUCUACUACUGGCUAACCAGGCGUACACGUUUUCACGGUGUUCCUUAACCACGACGAAAGACAAUAAAAAGGUUGUGGACAUCA